GAUCUUAUUCUGACCUUUAACAUCUCGAUGCAUCGUUCUUGGUGGAUGGAGAAUGGGCCAGGCUGCACCGUGACCUCAGUAACCCCAGCCCCAGACUGGGCACCGGAGGAUCAUCGUUAUAUCACUGUCUCGGGGUGUUUUCUUGAAUAUCAGUACAUAGAAGUGGCUCACAGUUCUCUUCAGAUCUUCCUAGCAAACGUCAUUACCAGAAUAGUCGAGCAUCGUGCUAUUCGUUCACAGACGCUGGCUCUAAGUGUUAGUUUUGUUAUGAAGCUCUGUUGUCUUACAGCUAGUUCAGGAUACCUGUACAUGAAAAACUCCAAC